CUCCAAGAAUCAUUACAAGCCACCAACACAAACUGUCCAAAUAUUGUCCGAAAUUCUUGAUCAAUGGAUUCCAAGAAAUCCUCCUCAGCUAUUCUCUUCCUCUGCAUUAACCUCAUGUUCUUUGCCCUAGUGAGUGGUUGUUACUUGGGUUGCAAUAACCCAGUCCCCAAGCCUAAUCCGAACCCAAACCCAAACCCAAAUCCGAACCCGGUAAAGGGCACCUGCCCGAGGGAUGCCCUAAAACUAGGCAUAUGCGCAAAGCUUCUAAAUGGCAGCGUUGGGACAGAAAUUGGAAGCCCACCAGACCAUCCAUGCUGCUCAGCACUUGGUGGGCUACUGGAUCUUGAGGCUGCAGUUUGCCUCUGCACUGCAUUGAAAGCCAACAUUCUUGGAAUCAACCUAAACAUUCCUAUCUCAUUGAGCUUGCUUAUUAACACUUGUGGGAAGACCCUCCCUAAGGAUUUUAUCUGUGCCUAAGUUGUAUGGAUCCAAUUCACUGAUCUUCUAGGCUUUAGGGCAUUUCGUUCUACGUUUUUCGAUUUAUGCUAAGUUCUUGCUCUCUCUCUCUCUCUCUCUCUCUCUUUUUUUUUUUUUUUGUUGCUUGGUUGGUGCAGUUGUUCUUGCAUUGAGGAUUCUUUCUCAUUGUAAUUGUAUUGUGUUCGAUUCACAUGUAUUCUCUCAGUCUGAAAUCAAAGUCUGUUUGGUCUA